AGGGGAUAGGGAGCUUGGUAUACUAAAAUGUCAGAAGAACUACUUGGGUGGGGGGAGGUAAGCACUCCCCUUGAAGAGAAUUUUGAAGAUGAAAUUGACAUAAAGAAAUUCAGAACCCAGAGGAAUCGGCGAGAGAACAAGAAAGGUGGAGCCUUUCAAAUGAUGGGGUUAAGUAAACCAGUGUUUAAGGGAGUAAUGAAAAAAGGUUACAAAGUCCCAACUCCAAUCCAGCGUAAGACAUUGCCUCUGGUUUUAAUGGGUAGAGAUGUUGUAGCUAUGGCAAGGACAGGGAGUGGAAAAACUGCAUGUUUUCUCAUACCAAUGUUUGAAAAAUUGCAAGAACACACAGCAAAGACUGGAGCCCGUGCUCUCAUCCUAUCCCCAACACGGGAAUUAGCUUUGCAGACCCUAAAGUUCACCAAAGAACUAGGCUGUUUUAUGAAUCUGCGAGCAGCUGUAAUUCUUGGAGGGGAUAAUAUGGAUGGUCAGUUUUAUGCACUGAAUGAAAAUCCUGACAUUCUUAUUGCAACACCUGGAAGGUUGGCUCAUCUUAUUGUCGAAAUGAACCUGAAGCUCAAAACAAUACAGUAUGUUGUCUUUGAUGAAGCUGAUCGUCUUUUUGAGAUGGGUUUUGCAGAGCAGUUAAAUAGUAUUGUGAAGUGUCUUCCAGAACAGCGACAAACCCUGCUUUUUUCUGCUACUCUUCCAAAAAUGCUUGUUGAAUUUGCUCGAGCUGGGCUCAGUGAUCCAGUUCUUAUUCGUUUGGAUGUUGAGCACAAACUGUCAGAGAAUUUGAAAAUGACUUUUUUCAAAUGUAAAUCUGAGGAUAAAUUGGCGUUGCUUCUACACCUUCUGCAGCACGUUAUCAAGAAAAAGGAGCAAACAAUCAUCUUUGCAGCAACAAAGCAUCACGUAGAAUACUUGCAUAAUGCAUUAGAUAUGGCAAAAAUACCAAACACAUACUGCUACUCAUCUCUACAUUCAGUUGCAAGGAAGAUUAAUGUUGCUAAGUUCCAGACCAAGAAGGUGCAGUGCCUUAUAGUAACUGAUGUAGCAGCACGUGGUAUAGAUAUUCCCAUGCUGGACAGUGUCAUCAACUACCAUUUUCCAGCUAAAUCAAAGCUGUUUAUACAUAGAGUUGGUCGAGUUGCUAGAGCCGGACGUUCAGGAACAGCAUAUUCUUUCGUUGCUCCUGAUGAAGCAGCUUAUUUCAUGGACCUCCAUCUAUUUAUUGGGAAGGAUGUUCGGUUUGCUCCACAUCCACCAGAUAAGAACAAGAAAGAUGAUUGGGAUGGUCUGUAUGGAUCUGUUCCUCAAACUGUCAUCGAUGCUGAAUUAGAGCAGAUUUUGAGUAUGCAUGAAAAAUCAUCCGAACUGGCUGAUAUGAAGACAACUAUGGACAGUGCAUAUAAGCAGUACAGCAAGUCAAGACCACCUCCUAGUAAAGAGAGCAUUAAAAGAAUGAAGGAAGAUGAAUGGCUAAUGACAGUAGGAUACCAUCCUCUUUUGAUUAAGGCUAAUGUAGAAUUGGAAGAUGAACGAUUAGCCAUGUUGGAACGUCUGAAGAACCUCCAGCCUAAAGAAACUGUGUUUGAGAUGAGUAAGAAUCGCCAUGAUAAGCAGUCAAUUGUAUAUUGUAAUAUGAAGGAAAAGAGGGAAUAUGAUGAACACAAGAUUAAGUCUUUCCAUAGAGAUUUAGAAAUGAGACGAAUGGCAAAACAAGAAAUGGAGGUAUCUGCCCAAAAGGCAAGAGAGGAUAUAUGUAAACUGCAACAGAGCACAGAAGAAGAGAUAAGUGAUGCAUUUUCUUCCGUAGUGACUAGUGAUAAGAAUAAGAAAAGUGAAUCUACAAAAGAGUUUAAUGGAGUUGAUCGUCAAAAUGGUGAUAAUUUGAAAAGGAAAGGAGCUUCAGGCGGCGAACCAAAGCCAAAGAAAAAGAAAAAUCAGAAUGCAGACCAAGUUUUCAAAGAUGAAGAAUUUUACAUUCCCUAUGCACAUGAGGGUAGACACACUGAAGAAGGAUAUUCUCUCCAGUCAGGUUUUCAUAAGGAUACAGAUCAGGCAACCUUAGAUAUGCUUGAUGAUGAUGAUGUGAAUCAAAGAAAGAAGAAAGCUUUACACAAAUGGAAUCGAUAUUCAAAGAAGUUUGUCAGUACUCAGGAAAAAAAUAAAAAAAUAAAAACUGAAUCUGGUGUGUGGAUUUCUGCAUCUUACAAAACUGGUAGGUAUGAGAAGUGGCUAGCAAAAGGCAAAAAGAAAGAUUCAGAGAAUGACGAUGGAAAUCAGAGGUCAGGCAGAAAAGGAAUGGGCAUCAAAACAAUUAAUAUUAGGGCUCACAGCAGUGCUCAUCCCUUAUACAAUAAACUGAAAGGACCAGCACAAAGGCGGCCACCUAGGAGAGAAUUGAGAACCGAACAAGAAAUUGUUAAGGAAACUGCCAGGAUAGAAUCAGAACGCAUGAAACACAAAGUGGGUAGAGAAAGGGCUGCGGCUAAAAGGAAAGGUAAAGGAAUUAAAGGUAAAAGAAGGAGAUAAACAGGACAAAGGGUUUAGAGAAGAAGUAUUUUGUGUUGAGACAUGAGGUUGGAAACAAUAAAACUUAACUUUCA